AUGGACGACCAAAGACAAACACAACCGGCUACCUUCCUUGAUUUAUUAAAUGCCGACGUCGACACCUCAAUACUUCAGCUUCUUCCCGCCGAAGUGCAACUCGGGGCUGACUUGAAUCUUAACCUUGAUCCAACGUUAGCACCUACAUUUGUUGAACCGACAUCAACACAAGAAGUCUUUGAAGACUUUGAGGCUUUGGAAUCGAGCUAUGAGGAAGAUUUUCUUAUGAACAUCGACAAUAAACUUGAAGUCGAAGACAACGACAACAACGACGAAGAAGAGAUACCCGAUGGAUUCAACCAACUCUUGUCAAAAGCAAAAGAAGCAGGACGUGAUCUUGCAAAAGGCGAACACGUCCCAAAUCUUUGGGAAAAUAUAGAUAUGGAAGAAGAAUGGAGUCAAUUCAACAGAGGGCCAAGAAGAAAGAACAUCCCACCCGAAAUUCGCGCUUUGAUGGGCGAAGCCAAUCAACACUACAUAAACAAAGAAUUUAGUAGUGCGAUCAAUGUACUCCAAGAGGUUCUGAAAAAAGACCCGAAUAUUUAUCGGGCAUGGCAUACACUUGGACUGAUCCACGAUGAAGUGGGCGAACCGGUGAAGGCAUUGCAGUUGUAUUUGGUGGCUGCUCACCUUACGCCUAAAAAUGGGGAAGAGUGGAAAAGAUUGGGAUUCCUUAGCAAAAAGCAAAAUGCUUUGGAUCAAGCUAUAUAUUGUUAUUCGAAAGCUCUUAGAGUUGAUCCUUCUGACGUGGACGCAAUUUGGGAUCGAUCUGUUCUUCUGAAUGAAUCUGGACAAUAUAAAAAGGCAAUUGAUGGAUUUAACCAUUUACUAAAAAUAAUUCCACACGACAUGAACGUAAUCAAACAAUUGACCAGUAUCUAUACACGCAAUAACGAACUCGAAAAAGCCAUCUCACUAUACGAAGACGCCCUCCAAUACUACCAAACCAAUAAUUUCUUGUCAUUAAACAAUUCCGAGGACGCCGACGGGAUUUUCAGUUUAUCCGAUGUAAAUAUUAUGGCCGAACUGUACAUCUCUAUCGGCGAAUAUCAGAAAGCCAUCGAGUGUAUAAAGAGUGCGGUUAGGUGGCUGCAAGGACGAGAAAAUGAGAAAUGGUGGAACGACGUGGUGAUCGAUGAUCAUGAAUAUGACGAGGAAGAUAGUAGGCGAAAAAAUAAUUUUUCAAAGAGUGGCUUGUACGUUGGUGGCUCAAAAGAGUUUUUACCGAUGGAGUUGAGAGUAAAGUUGGGACAGUGUCGAUUGAUGUUGGAUCAAAUUGAAGAAGGAAAGUUUCAUUUCAAUUAUUUAUUUGAAAAUUCCGUUAAUCAAUAUUUGGACUUGUACUACGAAGUAGCAGAAACUUUUAUCGAUAAGUCUCUAUUCAAUGACGCGCUUAGUGUAUAUGAAAUGAUCAUCGCUGACAAAACAGUUGAUAGUUCGAUCACAUGGUCACAGAUGGGAUUGUGUCAUCGAGAAUUAGGAAAUUUGGAUAUUGCCGCAGAUUUAUAUAAUAUUGCGAUUAAGAAAAAUCCAGGAAAUUUAGAAAUAACGAUCGCUCUUGCUGAAAUCUAUGAAGAAAUGGCAAUUCUUUUCUCAAACAAUAUUCUAACAUUCCUAACUCAUAUAGUUUUAGCAGCUCGAAAUACCCAUCGUCCUUCGACAACCGAACCAUCUUUAAAUACCUACGGAAUUAAUAAUAUUACGGACCAAGCAGAAAUACAACAAACUCAAGACUACACAUUAUCACAACAGGCCGACACCAACAAGGUCUCCAUAAUAAAAAAAAGACAAGAAGCAAAAUCAAUCGCAUAUGCUAAAGCACAGGAAGCACGACAAGCCAAAGAAGCUGAAAAGCAAGCAGAGAUAUUAAUGCUUUUUCAUAAGUUAGAUCUCUUGAGUGCACGUUCUGCGUUGGGCGAUCAAGAGGCACUCGAUGAGUACUUUAUGACUGCACGACUCAUCAUGCGAGAAUGGAAAAAUACAAAAGCAUUCUACCCUAAGGAUCGGAUGAAACGAUUUACUGGGAUGCCGCAUCGGCGCGGAGCUCGCCGAAAAAAUGUUUUUGGUACAGCUGAUGAAGCUGUCGAUGCUGAUAUUGAAGAAACCGCAAAAAAUAUGGCAAAGAGGUUGAAACGACAAAUUGACGAUGAUGGCGCUCCAGGAUUCGAUAUUAAUCGCACCCAAUUUCUCGGCAAAUCUUUUCAAGAUUGGUUCGAGUUCUUUAUAAAGUAUGCGAUCACCGCUGUGACUAAUGGUAAUGAAAAAGAAGCGUACGAGGUUCUCAAAGCUGCUUGUGCGGCUAACGUAUUUUAUCAUAAUGAAGAUCGAAGAUUCGUGUUAAAAAUGCUAUUGAUGGAAUUCUUUAUUGACAGCGGAACAAAAGCAGUAGAGAACUUUGCUUCUGCUAAUUCCCAAAAAUACUUUAUACGGCAAAUUAAAGCUAUGCAUUAUGCUAUUGAAGGAAAGAAAAACAAUAAUAACACAGGUAUCAACUCUGUUUCCGUGCCGCAAAACCAGGAAACAUCAGAACAUCAGAAACAACCACCAAAUAAUAAUAUCACAUUUCAGCCUACGAAACGGAAUGCCGCUUUACUUGUAUUAUAUGGACAUAUUUUAGCAUGCGCGAGAAGCUAUGUCUUUGCAAUUGGAUAUUAUUUACAGGCGCAUUCACUUGUUCCCGAUGACCCAUUAAUCAAUCUCUGUUUAGGAAUCGCGUAUCUUCAUAUGUCAAUGCAACGGCAAUCUGAUAAUCGUCAUCUUCAAAUUAUUCAGGGAUUUACGUUCCUAUUAAAGUACUAUGAUUUGCAAACAGGUAAACAAGAAGCAGAAUAUAACCUCGGGAGAGCUUUUCAUCAUUUAGGGCUCUUUCAUCUCGCAGUGCAAUGCUACGAACGAGUACUUAAAUUGCCCUCAUUACGGAAACAAUUAAUGCAAGAAGAAAAUCAGUGUGAGCCCGAAAUAGAAGUUGGCAACAAUAACAAUGAUGACGACGACUCGACAGAUCUUAAAAGAGAGGCAGCUUACAAUCUAUCUCUGAUCUAUGUGCAAAGUGGAUCGCCAGGAUUAGCACAAUUAGUAUUGAGUAAAUACUGUACUAUUUAG